AUGGCCGCUGUAACGACGAAGGCCUUUCGGCAGAACUUUCAGGCGAUGGGAUUUGCCGUUCGCCACUGUCCCACACGCUCUCCUCAACACACUGUUGAAUCAACCACAGAAAAUAAAAUGCCAUCGAAAUCAAAAGCAAAAACACCAGCGCGUAUAACAAUCGCUUGCAAUGCGUGUCGUUCAAAAAAACAAAAAUGCAGCGGCCGAAAACCAAUUUGCGAACAAUGUCUCGAGAACAAUCGACCAUGUAACUGGCCCGAACAGCUUCGAAGAGGACCUGAGAAAGGAUAUGCCGAAGCUCUAGAAAACCGACUCCAGCUCACUGAGAGCAUUCUUUUAAAUUUGCUUCCACAUGUCUCGGACGAGCAGCUGUCGGCUGCGAUUCCUCGCCGAGAGAGCAGCGGCACGUAUGUGCCAUUCCCCAGACUCGAGAAGAGAGGGAUGGAGAGUUGGUCGCAAUUCCCUCUUGAUACUUAUCAUGGUAUUCGGAGGUGGCAACAGGCUUGUACUGAGUCUGAAAGGGUGGGUUCGGAGGUACAGCAGGAGGGCUCUAAGAGAAGGCGUUUGCAGAAUGGAAGCUCGGAUGGUUUGAUUCAGACAUCUACCACAACACGAGACAUCAAUGGAAGUUCCAAUGAAACCACCAACCGUGCGGUCCUGGAGUCGUCUGGUAAUGCACGUGAAGAGAGUGCCCUGGUUGAGAGAAUGAUGAGCUCCUGGCAGGGGGCCCCUUCGGUCGAGUUUCAACGCCAGUUCCUGUGGUGA